ACAUAGAUAUACGUGGAAAAUAUUUUGCAUCGCGGGAAGAAAAUGUGUAACUCCAGGAAGUUAAUGUGAUUGUUAUGUCUACCAGUUAUUUUGUAUUAGUCCUGAUCAGCUAGCUUUAGUAUAAGUUUGUUAGUCAUUCUCUCCAACUGUAUCAGCGAUAUUAAAGAAUCGCGUUCCUUGCACGUUUGCCAAUUCGCGUCUUCAGCGACACAGCUGUUUGUUCGCUGCUGUAUUGUGUAGUAGUCACAUGUCUACAAGGUGUACACAAUCUUAGCUGCCAUAUUGAGACGAGGUUUGUGGAUGGUGAUUAAUUUUGUGGAAGGGGGAACAAAACUUUGAUUUGCAUCUAGCGCAUCUAAUCGCCGUUAAACCAUCUUCCCAAGAUUUUUAUAAUCUUAAAUAUCUUAUCUUUCUUCUUGUGGGUGCUAAUAAAAUUUGCCAAAAUUCCGGUCCCUACAAAAAUACGUGAAGGCGCCUACCCCGGCAGGAGCGAGGAAGGCAGAAUGAACAACAAACGGAAAACCAGACCGAAUGCUUCAAGGUCUCCACGUACACGUCCGGAGAGAAGCGUGACAGCUGAUGGCAUUUACCAGAAUCCACAUUUCAUGCACGCAAUUACUAGUCACGUUGGCAAUAACGUUUUGAUAUCAACUCUAAAUGGAUCGGUAUUUGAAGGAGUUUUCCGAACAUUUUCAAGCCAAUUUGAUGUUGUUCUUGAGAUGGCACACAAAGUUAAUACAGAUGAUCCAAGCAAAAUUGAUAUCGAUACUGUUGUUGAAAAGUUAAUUUUCAAGCCUGAAGAUAUUGUUACAAUUGAAGUGAGAGAUUGUGAUUUGGAAUAUGCUACAAGAGAUACGUUUCAGACUGAUACUGCCAUAAGCAAAUUCAAUGGCAAUAUAAGUGGAGAGCGUGAGCUUGAGCCUUGGGAUGAACCAGGUUGUAAUGGAGAUGAAUUUGAUCUUGAUUCGAAUAGUUCGCUCGGUUGGGAUCCUAAUGAAAUGUUCCGCAAGAAUGAGAGAGACUAUGGCGUUCAGUCGUCGUUUCAGCCAUCAAUGGAAUCUUAUACUGUGCCAUUACAGAAGAAAGAUACAAAAGAAUUCAAAGACGCGGAGGCAAAAGCAGCAAAAAUUGCAAGUGAAAUAGAGAGUAAUCCAAAUUACAAAGCACGUGCUGAAUUGGAGAACGGUGACGAGGAGGAACGUUUUGCGGCAGUUAUCCGGCCAGAUGGCCAGGGUGAAGCAGGCAAAUAUUUGCCUCCACAGAAGCGCAAGACGGGCCCUGCACCACCAUCUGCAGGCAAGGGUGUACGUUCGACCCCUCCACCACAGCCCCAAAUGUCUCAACCGUCGCAACAGCCAGCAGCAGCACAGCAGCAGCAGCAACAGCAGCAGUUGCCACAGUUACCAUCUUCCACAAAGGCGUACCCACCUCUCCCACAAACAAAUAGCUAUCACCAUUCGGUAAUAUUUUCAGUUUCUCAGCAGCAACAGCAGCAACAAUCUUCUCAGCAGCAGCCACAACCGCAGGCACAGGCCGCCCAGCCACAGGCUACACCACAGCUGCCAAUGCCGAGGCAUCCUUCACCUGGCUCCCCUGUUGUUUCUGUGGGCAUCAGAGAGCCCAAAGUCAAUGGAAUGGAACCAAAGGCUCAGCGGACACCACAGAUAAGGGGAGGCACUCGAGCUUUCACAAACGUGGAAUCUCAGGGACAUCAUCAGGGACCCACAAAGCAACAUCCAGUGGCUAUAACGCCAUCAUCUGUUCCGCCAGCACCGUUUCCGAGUGCAGGAGCAGGAACAAGUGUGCCUCCACAGGGUCAACCUCCACAACAGGCUCCGUUAGCCACAGUUCACCAGGCACAGAGCCCUUUACCUGCCUCGCCAUCCCCAGUCCGGUCUCCUGCAAAUGAUGGGGUAGGAAUUGUCCCAUCUGUGACCGCUCCAACCACAAAGAUUGCAGAUCAGCAGACAGCCCCCUCUUCUGUAUCGCAGCAACAGCAGCAGCUGCCACAACCAGCUCUGCCAACCACAGCUCCUAAUCAAUCCCAAGGGUCACUACCACGAAGCAAGGUUCCAGCUGGACGUGGUCGGGAAGAACAACUGGCAGAGCUGAAGAAAUUUGGACAAGACUUCAAACUGGCUGAAGUGGAUAGCUCCGACAGGAAACAGCACCAAAAUUCUACUGCUCCACCAUCAUCUGUUUCCCAACCAUUGCCGCAGCAUCAGGUUCAGACACCACAGCCACAGCAGCAGCCUCUCGUCCAGCAGCAGCAACAGUCAGCACCUUCUGCCCAGCAGCAACAACAACAACAACCUGCACUGCCCACACAGCAGCAGCAGCAGCAGCAGCAGCAGCCAGCUGUAGUGCAACCACAGCAACAGCAGCCGCCACAGCAGACGGAAGAACAUAAGGAGCAGGGAGAAAGUGCUGACAAGGUGUCAAAUGCCCUCAAGAAGUCUACACUAAACCCGAACGCAAAGGAGUUUGUGUAUAAUCCCAAUGCCAAACCAUUUACUCCUAGGUCACCCAGUACACCAACACCAUCAAGACCUCAUACCCCUCAAACACCACAAUAUGCUGCUGGUAUGGCAAUGGUGGUUCCAACAUAUGUAGUGACAACAAGCCAACCUGCUUUCACAAAUCCUAACCAAGGAAACCGCUUCCGUAAAAUCCAGGUGAUGCCGCACCGGAAUGAUAUUGCAUCCCAGAUGUCGGUAGCAGCAGCUACAGGGCAGCCGCUGCUUGCCCCAGCACCUGCACCGAUGCAUUCGCAGUUUACAGUGCCGUAUGCUCCUCCAGGUCAUAUGACACCUCAGCCAUACCAUCAGCAGCAGAUGGUUCGAAUGGUGGCACAACACGGAGGUGGUGUUGUGCCCCUAGGAGCUGUUCCCACGUCAGUCAGCUACCACCACGAGUCCCCGGGACCUCAGCCGGCACCUGGUCCCCAGUUGCAGUAUGUGCCGGCCGCUCACGCGGCAGCUGUCGGACCACCUCACCCACAUCAUCCGCAUCACCCGCACCACGCCCACCACCACGCUCACCACCAUGCGCCACCUCCCCCGCCGCCGCCUUCGGGUGGCGGCCCAGGCACCCCGUCACCUGCACAAGCAGCCGGCAACCCAGGAGGGCCUCCACAUGCACACGCAGCAGCAGCUGCUGCCGCUGCUGCGCAGGGCGCGCCCACUUACCACCACCAUCCUGGAGGAUCACCAGCGGCUGGAACUCCUGGCGGCCCCGCGGGAUACCAGCAGGGUCCGCCCCCACCUCCUCAGGGGCCCCACCCUCCGGGCCCGGCACCACCUCCCCCGCCACCACAUGCUUUCCCUGUGGUGUGCCCUAUCCUUCCUACACAGCAGCUGGGACCCCCACAUGCCCAUGCACCUCACCAUGUCGUGCAGCAGGCGGGUGCUGUUCAACAGGCUGCUGCUGCUGUUCAAUAUAUUCAUCAACACCAGGGUGCCUACCACCACCAACACCCUGCAGCUGCAGUUGGCAGUGGGCAACCACAUCCUAUACAAGUGAUUCUGCCACACAAUCAAUGACAAGGAGUCAGAAAUUAGUAGAUAAUCUAAUUAUUAAGUAAAAUUGCAAGUGCAGUUGGAGUUAAAAGUAAAAAUGAGUACUGGUGGCAAUGUUAUGGAAUGGCAGCUUUGAGGGAAGUAGUUGAGUGUGUGCAUAAGAUGCGAGAGAUUACACAUGAGCAAACUAUAUAAAGAUUCCUUUUGACGUACAAAAACGGGGAAAAAGCUCCCACCUUUUGCAUCUGUGAUUAAGUUAAUCUUUCUCAUUUCCAUCCCACAAUACAUUGCUUAAACAAUAACUGUGGCUUGUGUAUGUUCCACAAGAAGGUUACAAAGAACAUUGAUGAUGGAGCAAGGAAAAGAGAAUGGAUACUCAAACAAAUAAGGUGCCUGUGAUAUAUUUUAUGCAACAAUUUCAUGAUGGUGCUUCUGAUGAUGACGCCUCAUAAUGAGGCAGCAGCAGAGUGCUGAGGUGGCUCAUUUUAUAUUUUGUAGAUUUUAAUGCAAUACUUACAUGAGGUAUUUUAUUUACCUCAUACUUUUGUAACUUUAACUGAAGGUGUGAUGAAGCAUCUACAGUGUUUGAUAGUGCAGUUGUUGAGGCCUAAUUCAAAAUAAACAGUAUGGUAGCAGUUUUUGCUGUGUCAUAUAUUGAAUCAGUUAUUUCUCACAUAAAGCAAGUUAAUCGUGUACUUUCAUGUACCCAAAUGAACUCAUUUACUUGUAUUAUUUUCUUCUCUACUUUCAUCAUCGUGGUUGACUUUUAAGGUUGUUUUUUUAUUAUUAUUUUCAUUGGUAAGCAAGAGUUCACUACUUCAUCUGAGGUGGUGUUUUAAGUGGUGUAGCUAUCACUCCAGCAGUAGGAGGAAAAUAUAGGAGACAUGUGAAGGAUGUGUCUUCCAUCAGUCAGAAUUUCUCAAAUAGCUGUUACUAGGAGUGAGAUAUACUGUUUUACAAUAACAUUUAUUAGUUUCAGGAUUUUGCAAUUAGUAUAAGAUCAAUGAAGCAGAGUCAGAAAGUUGUCUUUCAAACAAGUAUUAGAAAAUUUUGUCUAUCACUAUGUUCAUGUGAUGGCAUGCAUUCUUAUGAAAGCGUUACAUAAUUCAUGAUUAUAUUUAAUUCUUUGUCUUUAUGGGAAAAGUGUUAUAGUUUAGAAAAUUGAAAGUAUUCUUCUGCAUAUUUCACAAAAUAGUAGCAGAUAUUGAAUAUUCGAUAAAACAGUGUCCUUACAUGCUUUGUGAUGAAUCCCCCAACCAGUACGUAAAGUGGUGUGGGAGUUGAUGUGUUGGGAUAUGUUUGGCUUUCUCAUACUUCAUCUUUUUUUAACAAACUUCGAAAUGUGUUGAAUUUUGUGCUGCUUUCUUUUCUUAUACAUACUUAUAUUUUACUAUAGGUUUCUCAUGUAUUUUCCUACGCAAAUACCUAUCUCUACUGUGUGUGUGUGUGUGUGUGUGUGUGUGUGUGUGUGUGUGUGUGUGUGUGUGUGUGUGUGUGUGUUGGGGGGGGGGGGGGGUGUUCCAUGUUACUCUGUCUUUUGAAAAUCCUGGUGUAUGAAAAGUGAUAAAAUACUGGGACCAUCAGCACAUAACUGCCUCUUUUCAGUUGAGAUAUAUUAUUAAUUUUGAUAGUUAGGUUUUCAUAGCAACCUCUGUCAUCUUGUAAUUGUUGCUUGUUGUGUCGGUAAAAUUUGUGAGCAGUGCAACAGGUAUUCUUACCUCAAAUUUCCUGAGAUAAGUGUUUGCUGUAAUUUGGGAAUUUAUCAUUUGUUGGUGGGCAUUACAUGUUUUCUAAAUUUAAAAUACUAAACAUUUAAGAUUCUGUAAAGAUUAAAAAAUCAGUUUUUAAAACAUUAAGCAUUUAAUCUACACAAAGCUCUCGCUUAGGAAGAACGGUAUGGAGGGUAAAGUGUGUUAUUUGUAAGUAAUACUUAACUACUUUGUACUUCCCUUGUCUGCUGAAUACACCUCCUAAUUGUUUAAUUAUUUACACAUAUAGCCAGUUUUCUUGUCAUUGUCAUGUAUUUUUAACAUGAAUAUUAAGUGAAGUCCAAUGUUUAAACACUGCAGAACAUUACAGCAAAAAAUGACAUUGUGAAAAAAAUACUCUAGAAAUGUUCAAACAAUGAAGUAAUAAACAAUUUGAUAUCUUCUCCUUACAGAGAUGAAUGUUAAAUGUUUCAAACAAAAUUGUACCUAUGCAGUCUUAUUGCAUUUCAUUCAUUCUCCCUAGGAUUGUAUUGGCAAUGCCAUCAUGAAUUUUGGUGAAAAAUAAUCAAAAUUUUCGUUUACGGUUGUUAAUAUUAUUACUAAAAAAUAUGCUAUUUUUAUCAUUGAUUGAGUGUAAUUUAUUGGACCACAGUUAAAUAAUUAGUGGCAGCCAUUCGCUCUGCAGUGACACUCGAUGUUUCAUAUUGAUUGGAAAGUGUUUAGUGUGUUGAAUAUGUAUGUUACAGUGCUGUUAACAUGUAUGCAUCCAAGUAGGUAAUUUUUUUUUAAAAAAAAACUCCAGUUACAAAGGUUUUUAUUUUCAGUGCACUUAAAAUUAAUGAGUGGCAUCUUUCAAUGUGCAACAGACACAUGCUUUAUGGGUUUAGAUAAUUCCCCAAGUAAUGUGGUUUGUGCAAUAAUUGUAUGAACUGCGAACGCAGUGGCUUAUUCUGUGGGCUUGUGAAGUUUUUGAUUCAAGUGUUGGUAUAUAAUAUGCUACUGAGCAACAGAUAAAUGAGCGGGACACCCUAUGCGUGGGAGUGCAAGAAAUUGACAUUUUAAUUCUUUAGUGGCGGUCAAACUUCAACCAUUGCCGAGUAAUUGUUUCUAUUUAUAUAAUGUACUGAUAAAACAAAGUUCUUUUCCUUCACAGGCAUGUAGCAGUUGUUGCAAUAUUUCUUUCCCUCAGUAUAUAAUUAUUUUAUUCUUCAAAUUGUAGCUACUUCAUGUUCUUUGCAGUGGUUUGUUCAUAGCAUUCAUACUUCAAUGGCUAUUCUUUCUUGUUACCUAAUCAUGAGCACUAUCUUCUACAGUACAGUUACUUCCAGUUUCUUGGGUACAUGUAGUUUUGCGCCUUGUCUUUAAUGGUUCUUAAGAUGACAUAUGAAACACUUCUCUUCACCUUGUAUUUUGUGUGUGUACAUUUUGAAUUAACAGAGUCAUGUUAGGUAAUGAACAGUUAACUGAAAAAUGUUAACGCAAAGAUACAAGUUAAAUAGCACCUAUUAUUUUUGGCAGCACUUUCUUUCCUGGGGGGUGGGGGGUGAUGUGUGUGUGUGUGUGUGUGUGUGUGUGUGUGGGGGGGGGGGGGGGAGAGAGAGAGAGAGAGAGAGAGAGAGAGAGAGAGAGAGAGAGGUGUCUCUUUGUGAACUUCCAUUCUCCUCUGGCCAUGCCAAAACUGUGUGAAAUUGAAUUAAUGGUAAUCUGUCUUCUUCUUACGUUCUCAUUUGAGUUUAGGUCCAACGCACCUCUCCCAUCUAGCUACCUAGCUCUUAAAAAAUUUUACUAUCCUUGCAGCAUUGCUUCCUGGAUCAUUUGCCCAUAUUAGUGUGGAGAAUCAGUUAUCAGAAACAGGCAAAUUGAAUGCAUAAUUUUAUUUCAGUACCAGAUGCUAACUAAAAUCAAGAAAUACAAUUAAUUGAAACAUAAUAAUGAGAGAGGUCGGUUGUUCUUGAUCAGCAACAUUCAGUGUAGGAUAGUAAGAACUAACGGAAAUCCCAGUAAACCUUUGAACUUAUAACAUGUGUAACCUAGUGAAUAUUUUAUAACUGUGUAGAAAUGUAUGGAAAUAGUUUACUGCUCCAUGUGUUUGUGAGGUCUUCAUAAUUUUGGUCAUGUGGAUCAAAUUUGCCAUUAAUUGUCAGUGAAUGUAUUACAGCAUGCAAGCAUUUAAAAUAGAUCCCAUAAGGUUGUUACAUGAAAUAAUGCCUGCAAUGGUAUAUAAAUUGUCUAUUUUGAUGAAGCCAUACAUUUGAUCAAAAAGUGAAGGUAUGUGAUCUCUCGUUUUCUUAAUAGGGAAAAUAAACAAAAUCACUGGCCCUACUGUUGCUGCUGCAUGUAUGUCAUCUGUCACAGUCAUGUGCCACUUUUUUAGUAUCAAAAUUAAAUGGUCUUCAUUACAUGAUUUUAUUUUAGCAUCUGUAAAAGCAGCUGUUAAUCAGUUUAUUAAUUUUCUUUAGUGAACUGGCUGAAUGUGGCAAAUAUUUUUAGAAAACUAUUUGUUAUUGUUCCUGCUGACAGGGUGAUAUCUGUAUGAAAAAUCCACAUUACUUUAUGGGGUGAUUUUAAGAUGGACAUGUUUCUACAAAAUUGUGGAAAUAAAAAAUGUAAUUUGUAAGGAGUAUGAAAGAUCUUUUCAGGCUUUGUGCCCUAAUAGGAAGAGAAUAUUAAUUUGAAUGUGUUGGCGUUUCAGUUCAACAAAUUGCAGAGGUUGAUAUGUUAUUUAAAUUUAUUUUAAUUGUAUUUGCUGUUAAUUGUCUGAAAUAUAUUAACAAUAUAAAAGGAAUUGUCAUAACCUUGAAAAUCACAUGAUUUUUGUAGCACAAUAAUUGCACUAUAUUUCUUUACUAAUUCUUUUGUUUGUGGAGUUAGAGCGUUUAUCAUGAACCAAGACUUGUAGAUGCCUGAAAUGUUUUUUCUGUCUUAAAUUCUCAGUAAUUAGUUAUCUUUCUAGAAACAACACUGGUACUGGAUACAAAGUGUAAUUACUUGCAAAAACAUGUGUACAUCCAGGUAAGCAUCAUUGUUAAUUGGAAGACUGUUACCAAAUCUACUCUGAGCCACUAAACACUAAGAUUGGAUAUUGAUCAAUCUGGUUUUUUAAACAACAUGAAAAUUUUGGCCCUGUUGCUGGCACACGGGUAUCAGAAUAUUUCCUUGAAUAUGCAGAACAGAGGUUUUAGCAUGUAGAGAUCACAGUAAUUGUGUUUUGUAGUUGUCUCCUUCACACAUUGUCAAAGAUGUCUUUUGUUUUACAACUAUAGACUGUGAUAAUGUGGAGAUAAGACCAUUCUACAACAUUUUCACUUUUUGCAAUAACCAAUAGAAAUAUUUAGUACUGUUCUAAUGUUAUUGACCUUUUUUUAAGUAUUCCCUCAAAGAACUGCCAUUCCAGUCUAAGAACUUCACUUGCUCAUGCUCACGUGUUGCUGGAAGGUGAGUUUGUGCUACAGUAAAAAGAUGUCGGCAUGAUUGUGCCGUAUGUGAGCCCACUGGCCUGUGCUGUGCUUUAGAUAAAAUUUAUACUUGAAAAGCAGCUAAAGAUGCAAAUAAAAUGGCAUUGUGCGCUGGUGUGUCAAUGCCCACCUGUUUUA